AUGGGAAAUGUUUGGCGAGCUGAAGACGUCAGGAUUCUGAAUACGUUUGGAAUUUUGACAAACAAAAUGGAUUCUGAAUCCUCACGUCUUCUGUUUUCUUUCGGUUUUUGGAAUGACUGGAAAGCUGAAGACCCAAAACUCACUCGAAUUCUUCUCAAUUUAUCACCAUCCGUCAUCGACAACUUUGAUCGAUCUAUCUCUCGAAUCGGCGCCAUCGCCGCCUCUUUGCACAACGCUACCAGAUCCGAGUUGGAGAAUCCGCUGGUGUUCGAUGCCACCUCCUACCGUAUAUCACUCGACGUCAAUCCCUCCAUCAUAUUAUGCCUCUUCAACGUCUUCGUAAUCAGCUCUCUUCUCGCCUCGUUAUCCGGCAAAUUCAGCAUAAUUCUCUUCGGGAAUCGUCUCAAAACGGCGUCAUCCAAUUCAUACGGGCGGUUUGUGGCGCCGAUUACGAGAAUUCGAUCGUCCGGAGAUGAGGUGGCACCAUCGAAUUGGAUGAGAAACUCGGUUUUCAUACGACGUGACACUUCGGCGUCUUUUUCCGAACGCUCGCAGAGAAUCGAGUCGAUUUCGUCUGAAAAAUGA